UUGGGCUUUGCUCUAACCGAAGCUAUUGCAUCGUUUGCCCAUGAUGGCCUUUCUGAUCUCAUCCGUUUUUCAAUCUUAAAGAAAUGACUUUGAUUUUCUUCUCUUUGAUCGAUUCCUGCAUACAAGGUAGGACAGUAGCUUUACCCGUUGUCAGAAUCGAUUGAAUUGACAAUUUAUUUUGAGUUGAACGGCAACUCCGAAUUUAUCCCCUCAAUUUUGCUGUUCAGACCUAUCUUCUACAGUGUUUACUCGGACAGUUCAUAUUUUGGCCGCUCUCUCUCUCAAAGAUCUGCUGCUCUCCACUCCCUUUUUGACCGUUGUGUCUUCCACUCCCACUACAGCAAUUCGCAUUCGUCCUCCAUAAAUCCCCUCAACACUCCUUCUUCAAAAACCCUAGCCCCGUUAUCAGAGAUUCGCUGCUUCCACAGUAGAAGCGACGUGCUCAUCGACGGGAUCAAACACGACGAUUCAUCCUAAUGCAGUGAAGUUUCGCUCUUGGGGGAAUUGAACCAGAGUUCGAAGAAAAGUUAGAUAGGAUGUUUACAAAAACUAUAGCCACAGGAGUGUUUUCCUGGACACCCUCAUCUGGUGUGGUUCCAUGUGAGCCUGAUAAAAAUGCAAAUGAUAAGGAGGCUCUACCUGAAGAUGUUGGGAGUAAUAGUGAGUCAGAUGAACCUAUCCCCAGUGAAGGCACACAAGACCCUAAGAAGAAGCGGCAAAUUGAGCCACAUGAGAGAAAAAAUAAGAAAAGCAAGAACAGAAAAGGCAACUUGAAAGUUGUUAGAGUUGCUAAAUUGUCUGAACAAAUUGAUCGCCUUAUCGAUGUGGUUGAGACUAUAAGUACUGAAUCAUCCAUUGCACAAACUGAAGCAGCAAAUUGUAGCAUUGCAAAAGUUAUUGAAGUCCUUGAUUCUCUACCUGAAUUAGAGAUUGGGAGUUGCUCCGUUGUUAACAGAGAUGCCUGACAAUAAUGAUCAACUGCCUUUACAACUAUGUAAUGAUUUGCAAUGUUACGACAGAUUAGAAGAAUCAUGAAAUAUAUCUGUGUUUGAAAUAGUAGGAAUGUUUUAAUUCAUUUUAGGUUAGGGUGUGGGAAAUCGUUCAACACAAGAGCGAUUUCAACACUGGUGAAACAGUUAUUAGAUAAUUUGAGUCUGUUCUAGACAUUGUCGGUCGUAUGAGUAUGGAUGUUAUAAAGCCUGAUGAUCCAGAGUUUAAUGUAGUGCCUCAAGAGAUACUAACGGAUUGUAGAUAUAUGCCACAUUUUAAGGUAAACUCAUAGUUAAGUAUAUGCUUCCUUUCUUAUUUAUUCAUUUUAUAAAUAAAACUUUCUUCUUUUUAGAAUUGUAUUGGUAUAAUAGAUGACGUACACG